GAGAUGGAAGUGUUGAAAACACAGAGGAUCCCUUUGUGGUGUGUGACUACGGAGCUGGAGAUGGAGGAACAUCUAUGAAACUGAUGGCAGAGAUCAUAAAAGGUAUUCGUAAAAAGCAUGGUGAAGAAAAACCGAUUGUAAUUGUGUACGAGGAUCAACCCUGGAAUGAUUUCAAGUCGCUGUUUUGUUUAUCACAAGGUUUAUUUGGAGACCAAACAAGCUUUCUACCUGAAGACGAGAACGUGUUUGUUCUCGCCAGUGGAACUAAUUUCUUUACACGCUGCCUGCCAAGGAAUUAUGUGGACCUGGCUGUAUCCUGCUGCGCAAUGCACUGGUUGAGUAAGAGGCCUUGCAGUCUUGCACAAGAUAUUUUCUGUCGAGGAGACUUGAACAGUGAGGAAGAGCUUGAAGCCUACAAAAAGCAGGCCGCUCAAGACUGGGAAACCAUUCUCUUAAAUAGGACUGCAGAACUGAAACCAGGUGCCCAUUUCUUCUUAGUGACAUCAGCUUCCAAGGAUGGCAUGCACUCUGGUGCGACGAGGCAUUACACAUUCAGGAUUACCACAUAUUUAAAGGACCUCUGGCUUACAUUUGCAAAAACCGGACGGAUAACCAUGGAGGAGUUUGUGAAUACAAACGUUGCAUAUUUCCAACGCACAGAAGACGAAUUGAAAGCGCCGUUUCUUUCUGCGGAUUCUAAGGUCUCAGCGUCUGGCUUUAAACUGAUGUCGUUGGAAAUAAACGAAACAAUAUUUGACAUAUCUAUGCAACUCAAGAAUAAAAAACUCUUAGAUGAGGAACAAAGAGUCAUUGCCCACUAUGCACGAAAGUAUGUUAAUGCUCUCCGGGGAUGGAUCAAUGCGGUAUUCAUGUCUGGUCUGGAUGGACGUCGAUCGAAAGAGGAGAAAAUGGCCAUUGUGGAUAAUUUGUUUUCUCAGUUAGAGGAUGAUGUUGCUUGCCGACCGAAUGAUUUUGGUUAUGACAUGAUUGUGGCAUACAUUGAUAUACUCAAAGAAAAAUAAACCCUUCGAACUUAAUGACUGCAAAAACGAAGUAGUUAUUCAAGAUAGAUAGAAAGAUAGAUAAAGCAUAGAUAGAUAGAUAGAUGUCAAAGCAAUGUGUUUAGUCGCGUAUUCUAUGGUUGGAAAUCAAACCAUGGUGACCCCAUAAUAAACAAACUUCUUGAAAUGUUGGUAAUAUCUUAUUAAUUCGACCACAACCAACAAUGCUUUUUAAGUCAUGAUUCCUCGUGGGUCUCUUCAGGAAAUGUGCCAAUUUAGUUUGAUUAUGCCGAUGGUACAGGUUUAAUCUGACCUCAGCGGCAAAAUCCACAAAAUACUAGUACUUGGACGAUUUUGAUAGUUUAUCUAUUCACUUUUCAUCUAUUCAAUUCUUUCCUAAUAAUGGGUUAAUUUAUUUUAUUGUUACAUUUUUAUAAUAUGGUAUACUAGUGUAGUGUUUUAAUGUCA